GACCGGGACCUUCACUCUCUCUCUGGGCGCGCGCGAGUAGGGGGUCGAUCCUUCGACGUACGGACCAGAGAUCGCGGAAGUAGUGCGCUAGCGUGGUGCAUUAUCGCGUGUCGUCCAGUGUACCAGCGGAUCCGCGAUGUUCUAGGAGGACCCGUCGUUCGUCUGUACCGUCGGUGCCGGGUUUGUCCUCCUAUAUCGCCGCGAGCCUUUUCACCUACACUCCUCUUAGCGAAAUUCUUCGCUCUUUUCGCUCCGCGUCAUCAUCCCGCUCACUCGCCCGUUUCUUUUCUCUCGUGUUCUCUCUCUCUCUCACACACACACAUACAUACACACUCUCUGUCUUUGUGUGCCACCGUGUCUCUCUCGUUUCCCUCGUCCGCUCUCCACGGGUCCCGACUACUUCGGUUCUCGCUUCCGUGACAAAUUCUUUUCGUUGCUCGUCCGCAACCGACACCACAUACACACACACACACACACGCAUACACACAGAUCGUAUACGUUCUUCCCACCGUUCCCACUUUUCCCCGUUCUCUUUUCGGUUUGUGCCUACUGUUCGUACACCUCUGUUCGGUUUCUCGGCUCCGCUAACCACACACGCUCCUACGACCCGAGACCCGCCGUUAACCCAGUCAGUCAGUCGUGUACUCAUGAUCCGACCGGCGACCAGGUAGUAUCGCUGAUUAUGCGCGACAUGAUCACCAACGCCAUCGUAGUAGUGUUUCACGAGCGUCACGUAAAAUGGAAUUAAACAAUGUUGUUAAGACGUAAACAUGUUUUGGCUACACUGUGGACUCUUUGUUCUCGUGAUUGCCGUACCUGGAUUUAUUAGCAGCGCCGACAGCACGUCCAAGCGAGAAGCCGAUUACACUUUAGAUGAUUCCUUUUGGAACGAGGAGACUCCUGUUGGUGAGGUCGAACGACUACUGCGAGAGUAUCGACAAAACCAAGAGCUAGUACGAAAUAUCGGGGCCCAUUACUAUCAGAUCAUCUAUCCGGUACAGUUACGGCAUCACGAGAAAAUGGGGAUAUCCACGAGAGAAGUCGGCGUACCGAAGUUUCCUCAAAGAGGUUUCGGCGAGGGUGGAUAUCAAAAUUCUAGAAGCAGAAUGAGAACGGGGAGACACUUUCAUCGGACGUCCCUUUUGAUCAAGGCCUUUAAUCACAAAUUUCGCCUAGAUUUAGAAUUAAAUACGCAACUUUUAGCUCCGAAUCUUAUGCAAAGAAACUUUUUAGCCAACGGCGCCGAACAAUCUUCGAAACAGGAGAUAGAGCACUGCUACUAUCACGGCACCGUCAGGGAUUAUCCAGGAGCCAGCGCUGCUUUUCACACAUGUAACGGUGUCAGCGGUAUUAUUCAUUUAGGCAACGAGACCUUCGUCAUUCAUCCAUUUUACGGCGGCGAUCUGUCGCAGAAACAUCCUCACGUUAUAUUUGAGGCUCGAACGAAGGCUAAUAAAGGCUGUGCCAUCACGGGAACAUUCAACGGGCAUAUAAAGAAUCGCUGGCAGAAGCCUAUUAUGGAACUAUCGGAGUCCACUUCCCAUCGAUACAAGAGAGACGUCCGUGACACAAUCAAAUACAUCGAAACUGCCAUCAUUAUCGAUAAGGCUAUGUUCGAGAUGAGAAACGGUAGCAGCAGAGCGGAGGUUGUUCACGAUGCCAUCCAAGUCGCUAAUAUCGCGGAUUUGUAUUUCUAUCCGUUAAAAACUAGAGUCUCCGUCGUAUACAUCGAAACCUGGCAGGGCAAGAACCAGGCAGCGAUCGAUAAAGGCAUGAACAUCGGUCUCGCUUUGCAAUCGUUAAACGAUUACAUGAUGCGAAGCGUGUACCAUGCCACUCACGACACGAUCCAGUUACUCACGGGCGAAACGUUCUCCGGUGGGGAAUCUGGAGUGGCCGCGCUAUCGACGAUCUGCAAACAACAGUCCGUCGGGAUCAGCGUCGAUCUGAACUCUUACGAGCCUCAUCUACUAGCCGGUACCAUGGCCCACAUGAUUGGCCACAAUAUCGGCAUGGUCCACGACGACAAAAGAAAGGAGUGUGACUGCAGAGACUGGCACGGAUGCAUCAUGUCUCAAUCGAUCGUCGGCUUGGACAACAUUCAACCGUACAAGUUUUCCAACUGUAGCAAAAACGAUUACGUAGAGUUUUUAAAAGGGGGCAACGGCUUCUGUCUUUAUAACAAACCAAACGAGAUAAAUGUGCAGAGCACUUGCGGAAACAGGGUAAUCGACGAGGGGGAACAAUGCGAUUGCGGAUCGGUCGACGAUUGCAAGAAAGUCGAUCCUUGCUGCGAAUCGGUCACCUGCAAGCUCACCUCGGAAUCGGAAUGCGCGAGCGGGCCGUGCUGCAACGACUGCAAGCUGCUCAAGCAAGGCAUUGUCUGCCGGGAGGCCACGAACGAGUGCGACUUGCCGGAAGUCUGCUCCGGAACGUCAGGCCAAUGUCCGCCGGAUGUUUACAAGAAGAACGGCAAUCUCUGCGCGAACAACUCUACCUACUGUUACAACGGUGUUUGCCCGACGUUGGACUUCCAGUGCAAGGAAAUUUGGGGAUACGGUGGUACGGGCGCGGACAAAGAGUGCUUCGAACAAUUUAAUUCCAAGGGUUCGCUCAGCGGACACUGCGGUACCGACACAUCCGACCACUACGUUAAAUGCGAUCCCAUAAACGUCCGUUGCGGAUCGCUGCAAUGCCAACGAGGCAGCAAGCAGCCAGUGAUCAGCGGUAUGGAUCACUCGAGGACUAUCGUGUCGAUGAAGGGCCAGGAAUACGAGUGCAAGUCUACGACUGGUAGGGUGGAAGGUUCCGAGAUACCGAAGAUGGGAUUGGUUUACGACGGGACAUCCUGCGGAGAUAAUUUGAUUUGCGUGAAUCAAACUUGCAUGAACAUCUUCCCGCUACUGGACACCGAGAUGUGCCCCAGCAAUCGCGACAACAACGAAUGCUCGGGUAAAGGCGUAUGCACGAAUAUGAACAAUUGCUACUGCGACUUAGGAUGGACCGGACCAGACUGCUCCGUCAAAUAUGCUAUUCCGACAGUGCCGCCAACGACUACGCGCACCGACGCAGCUGGUAAAAAUGGUUCAGAUCCUAGAUUGGUGAAGAAAGAGACCCCCUACGAUAACUACCACGGCUCUAACACUAUAUUUUUAGUUGGUGUGCUCAUGGCGGUGGUAGGGGGUGUUUUCCUAGUAUUUACUCUGAUGGCUCUAUGCUACAGGUCAGUCGUAGUACAUAAAAACUACUCCCUCUGUCUCAGAAGGAAGAGCACCGUCCAGAAGAUCGGUCAACCGUACGAAAAGAAGACCCUGCAGAAGACUAACAGCGGCGCAGCGAAGAACCACCAUCCAGAGCACGCGGUACUGGACAACGUGAACACCACGAUCCUAAACUUCCACAGAAUGCCUAAUUACAGCCGCUGUGAGACCCAGCGCGUGCUGUUUCGACCCCCGAAUAACGUCACCACCGCAGACGGGCCAAGACUCAAGGAUUACAAAUUGCACCUGAAGAGGUACAGGAUAAACGAGGGAGAAGGAGGUACGGGCUCAGAGGACGCUGUCUCUUUCAUUGAUCUCCAACCAAACAAUCUGACAAAGUUGCCUGAGAAGGGAAUUUUAAAGAAACACGAUGGUUACGGUAUUGGUGGAGGAGCCGUGGUCGAGCUGGAGCGUACCCUGGAUCGGCUGAACGGGUACCACGACGACAUUCUAGAGGCUGUGAGGAACGCUAAGAUGCAUCGGGAGAUGUCGGGAACACCCUCGGUCAGCGGGAACCUGAUGGACGAGGAGGCGUUGCACAAACCACUGACGGAAUGCGAUUAUCCGGACUCGCGCCACAAGGACAUCGACGAACAGGAUCAUAUCGACAACCAGGACGUCGACAUCGGCGAGGAAAUGGAGCUGGUGGACGACAGGCGCCGUCCGAUUCUCAUCCGUAAUCUGGAGGACAUCAUCAAGCAGCUGGAGCAUCACACGGCGUCGCGCAUAAGUCCCUACAGCUCCGAGGAGAUCCGGAUGUCCGAGAACGAGGCCGAUCGCAACUACAGAAUAGAUUCGUCCGUUUGUAGCGAGUCCUCUCAAGGAAGCAGAAGGUGUAGCCGCGGCCGUGACGAUACCUACGGUAGAUAUCGUCAGCCAUCGUCUCGAAGUGCUUACGGCACCCAUCAACUCGCUCAAUACCCCCAUCAAAUGCACGAGGAGGAGGGUAUCUAUGAAACUGCCGAUCCUGACAGAGACUCAAAUGGUAGGGGUGAAACGCCCGAUAGUGAAAGUGAUGCAUUUAUUCAAGCUCAACAAAUAGCCCAAUGGACUAGUGAGGACGGAGUGCAGCACCGACCACCGCAGCAGCCGCCGCCGCCGCCACCGCUGCCGCCUGCAAUGACUGAUGGUGCGAUGCCGUUGCUGCAACAGCGUCAUCACGUUCAAUGCGAGCUGCAUCGUCAACAAUCGCAGCAGCGGCAGCAGCAUCAGCAGCAGCUGCAGCAACAUCAUCAUCAUCAUCAUCAUCAUCACGCGCAGCAGUUGCAGUCGCAGCCUCAGCAGCAGCCGCAGCCGUCGUCGCAGCAUCAACAUCAACGUCAACAACAUCAACUGCCGGUGGAACAACAACUGCCAAUACAGCAGCGCGGUUAUUAUCCAUCCCCGCCCCACACUGACAACAACGGUCUCGACAACGACGAGACUGAAAAUGCUCAAUCCCAUCAACAACAAAAGCUCCUCCCCGACGUUCGUGGAAUCGAUGUUAAUCAAUUGCCUAAUAUUAACAAAUGCCCUCUAGACGAUACAUUUAGUCUAGAUUGUAACAUAAAUAAUGGAUCCCCAAAAGAAUUCAAUACCAACAACACUAGUGAUAACGAAAAUACUGCCCUACUGCCCCCUUCGCAUUUUCCUGAGUACAAGCAUUGAUAAUUAUUAAUCGAUGACAGAUAGUGUCCAUAAAACAUAGUGGUGUGAUUUAAUCUUGAACUCGCAUUUUAUACUGAAUAGUGUAAAUAUAACGAUAAACUUAUUGAUUGCGACAUCAAGAACAACAACAUCAGACAGGUAUUAAAUUAUAAUGAAUUAAAAUAAUCUAUAUGAAAUGUUUAUUAAUAAACAUUAGUAAAGCGA